UUGAACUCUGGUGCCCUUGAGAUGGAUGUUAGGGCAGAGAAGGUCUUUGGGAAAAUUUUGUACAUAAAAAGGGCCCCUCCUACCUUCCUAGCUCGUUGUCAGAAAACCAUACAACAAACCAAAGCUAAUAUUUCUGAUCAACGACUAGGUAAGGCUUCUUUGUAUUAUUGUCAGAAAACCAUACAACAAACCAAAGCUAAUAUUUCUGAUCAACGACUAGUUAAUAAUAUAUUGUCUACUCUAUCACUAUGAGCGUCCCUGAAGAAUACAAGUCUCUGGAUACUUCCUUUAAGGAAUGUACUGCCAGUUUUAAACAGGUUAUGACGUCCCCCUCUUCCGUUCGCUGCGCUGAAGGGUCGCUGCUACGUGAUUCGAGCAAUUUUUAUGCCUGGUCGCAACACAUCCUCAUGAUGGCCAGAGAUUUUGAUUAUGGUGAUCUCCUGGCCGCCUACCUUAAGGACGGACGCACCGCUAUCGUCUUCUACUUCGGCGUGACGGACCCCAACGCCCACGCCGUCCUAGCUUUGCUGCCCUCGUUCACUCAGCUGGUGGCUCAGAUGGAUAAACUCUGUGAUCGCAUUGUUUCUUCCUCCGUCUCUGAGGAUGCCAAGGGAUCUUUCUACAAUGAUCGCAUCAAGGACGAACCUCACCACGGUGCCUACAAAUUCUGUUUGAAACUGGCAGUACAUUCCUUAAAGGAAGUAUCCAGAGUCUUGUAUUCUUCAGGGACGCUCAUAGUGAUAGAGUAGACAAUAUAUUAUUAACUAGUCGUUGAUCAGAAAUAUUAGCUUUGGUUUGUCGUAUGGUUUUCUGACAAUAAUACAAAGAAGCCUCACCUAGUCGUUGAUCAGAAAUAUUAGCUUUGGUUUGUCGUAUGGUUUUCUGACAACGAGCUAGGAAGGUAGGAGGGGCCCUUUUUAUGUACAAAAUUUUCCCAAAGACCUUCUCUGCCCUAACAUCCAUCUCAAGGGCACCAGAGUUCAACAACUGUCUUGCGCCACACUCACACGCCACACUGAUGUGGCACAAUACA